AUGAUCGAAGUCCUCCACCACCAGCACGACCACAAGUGGUGGAAAGAGGCCGUCGUCUACCAAAUCUACCCGGCCAGCUUCAAGGACAGCAAUGGCGACGGCGUCGGCGACAUCCCCGGCAUCAUGUCCAAGCUGGACUACAUCCGCGCCCUGGGCGUCGACGUCAUCUGGGUGUGUCCGCACUACAAGAGCCCGCAGGUCGACAUGGGCUACGACAUCCAGGACUACGAGGACAUCCACGAACCCUACGGCACCCUCGAGCAGACCGACGCCCUCAUCAAGGCCGUCCACGACCGCGGCAUGCGCAUCAUCUUCGACCUGGUCAUCAACCACACCUCCAGCCGGCACGCCUGGUUCCAAGAGUCGCGCUCCUCCAAGACCAACCCCAAGAGGGACUGGUACAUCUGGCGCCCAGCAAAGUACGACGCCGAUGGCAAACGCUGCCGGCCCAACAACUGGCGCAGCAACUUCUCCAAACCGGCCUGGACCUGGGACGAGACCAGCCAGGAGUACUACCUCCACCUGUACGCGCCCGAGCAGCCCGACCUCAACUGGGAAAACCCCGAGUGCAGACAGGCCAUCUACCGGAGCGCCAUCAAGUUCUGGCUGGACAAGGGCAUCGACGGCUUCCGCAUCGACACGGUCAACCUCUACUCCAAACACCCGGGACUGCCAGACGCCCCGGUCGUCUACCCGGACAGCGAGUCGCAGCCGGCCAUGAUGUACUAUGCCAACGGACCGCGCAUGCAAGAGUACCUGGCCGAGAUCAACGACAUCCUCGCCCAGUACGACACCAUGACGGUCGGCGAGCUGCCCUACACGCCCAACGAGGCGGAUGUGAUGGCCUACAUCUCGGCCCGCAACAGGCAGCUGAACAUGGUCUUCAACUUUGACGUGGUCGACCUGGGCCAGACCCCGGGGGCCCGCUUCAUCCCGCGGCCCUUUACCACCACCGACUUCAAGCGCGAGCUGUUCAAGUGGCAGUCGGUGAUUGAGAAUACCGACGCCUGGACGACCGUGUUCUUGGAGAACCACGACCAGGGCCGCUCUGUGUCGCGCUUCACCUCCGACCUGCCCGAGUACCGGGUACGGGCCGCGCAGAUGCUGGCAGCCAUCCUGGCCACGCUGACGGGGACGCUGUUCAUCUACCAGGGCCAGGAGAUUGGCAUGAUCAACGCCCCGCGCUCGUGGUCGGCCGACGAGUACAAGUGCAUCAAGUCGGUGUCCCACCUGAGCGAGGUCCGAGAGAAGUCCCAAAAUGACCCCGCCGCGCUGUCCGAGGCGCUGGACAUCCUGCACCGGACGGCGCGAGACCACGCCCGCGUGCCCAUGCAAUGGGAAGGGGCCCCACGAAACGCCGGCUUCUGUCCCGACGACGUCAAGCCGUGGAUGAGCGUGCUGGAGUCCCACGAGGCCAUCAACGUGGCGGACCAAGUCGGUCGCAAGGGCAGCGUCCUGGAAUUCUGGAAACAGAUGGUCCACCUGAGGAAGACGCACCAGGACGUCUUCGUCUAUGGCAAGUUCCGCGAGAUCGAGACCGCCAAUGCCGACGGGGACAUGGUCAUCUUCGCCAAAGAGGGAGACGACGGGACGAAAUCCGUGACGGUGGCCAACAUGUCCACGAAAGGGAAGGAAUGGACUCCUGCGGCCGUAUUGGAUGGUCGAGACUUCAGCCUCGCCGUUGCAAACGUCGAUGAUCUGGGGGAGAAGAUCUUGCAGCCGUUUGAGGCGAGGGUGUAUAUUUCGGCGGCGUCAUCAGAAUAG